UUUCUUCAUGCGGAGAGAGAAGUGAGUGAGUGAGAGCGAGAGAGUGCAUAAAAGAACUGUAAAUAGACCCACCAAAGAAAAACAAAAAAGGUUGAUUCUUUUGACUCCAAAUUAAACAAAUUCUUUGAUUUUGCAUUGACCAUUUCUUGCUUUUCUCGGAUUUGAAUCCGCAAGAAGCCAAAUCCUAAUGUCUUUCAAGAACAGAGGAGAUUACUAUUUUAUUCCAAGAAAUGUCAUUUCUAGAAACUCUGUAUUUUUCCUGUGCCUCGCAAGUUUCUGCCUUGGAAUGUUCUUCACUAACAGGUUGUGGAAUGUAUCUGGAGCUAGAGGCGUAUCAAGACUCUCCAAACUAAGCUUAAGUUCCAGUGAUUGCGAUAAAAAGAAUGUUUUGGACUACAGUAACAAAACUAUCGGGAUCUUAGAUAAAUCCAUUUCAAAUUUAGAGAUGAAAUUAGUAGCUGCUAGAGCAGAACGCGAGACAUUGUCAGGGAAACUAAAUGUUUCCAGUGAAGCCAAGAAAAGAAAGUACUUCAUGGUUAUCGGUAUUAACACGGCCUUUAGUAGUCGUAAGAGACGUGACUCGAUCCGGUCAACAUGGAUGCCACAAGGAGAGAAGCUUAAGAAACUUGAAGAUGAGAAAGGCAUCAUUGUUCGCUUUGUUAUAGGACACAGUGUGUUGUCUCGCGGAAUUCUUGAUAAAGCUAUUGAAGCAGAAGAGAAAAUACAUGGAGAUUUCUUGAGACUGGAACAUAUUGAGGGUUACAUGGAGUUAUCAGCCAAGACAAAGACGUUUUUCGCUACCGCUGUUUCCUUGUGGGACUCAGAAUUCUACAUCAAAGUUGAUGAUGACGUUCAUGUGAAUCUUGCCACUCUCAAGACGACUUUAUCCACACACAGAAACAAGCCUCGGGUUUACGUUGGUUGCAUGAAGUCUGGUCCCGUCCUAGCCAGAAAGAGUGUAAAGUACCAUGAACCAGAGUAUUGGAAGUUUGGAGAGGUCGGGAACAAGUACUUCCGCCAUGCCACGGGACAGUUUUACGCUAUAUCUAAAGAUCUAGCUACUUACAUAUUAAUAAACCAGGAUAUACUGCAUAAGUAUGCGAAUGAGGAUGUUUCGUUGGGAUCAUGGUUCAUCGGACUGAAUGUAGAACAUGUUGAUGAGAAAAAACUCUGUUGCAGUACUUCUACUCAUGAUUGUGAACUAAAAGCAGUGAUGGGAAAUGUUUGUGCUGCGUCGUUCGACUGGAAAUGCAGCGGGAUCUGUCGGUCGGCUGAGAGGAUGGCCGAUGUUCACGAACGUUGUGGGGAACCUCAAAAUGAGUUGUGGACGUUAACUUCCUGAGAAAUCAAAAUAUACGAUACUUCUUACUUAUUAUAUAAUGGGUAACUUGCUAAUAUUAUUAGUUGGAAAAAGGAAAAGAGAGCGAAAAGAAUUCAAAACAUUUUUUGUUUUUUUUUGGGUGGAGUGGGGUUUAGAGUUAGUAGGGUUUUGGUGAGAAAAAUAAAUAAAUGUGAUGAGGUUUACAAAAAAAUAAAAAAAAAAAUAAAUAAAUAAAUGUGAUGCAAGAAAAAAAAAAAAAAAAGAGUUAGUGAAGUAGUUUUAAAUGAGAGACAAAGAAAUAAUGUUUUGGUCACAUUUGGUUUGUCCUAUGAGAGACAGAGAGUCCUUAUUGUUGUGCUUUUCUAUUAAUUUCCACAUGUCCUUUUUUUUA